AUGAGUUUUCUGGGCAUUCAACCUGUGUUUUGUAACUUCACCACUGCCGCGACUGAACCGGGGUAUGUGACCCAGCUGAGCAUGGAGCCCAUCUAUUCGCUGAUUUUCCUCUACGCUUCGAUAGUAUCCGUGGUCACGCUCGUCUUGUUCCUCGAGGCUUGUCACUUCGUAGCUACCCGGGUACCAAGAUCAGCUGUGGCCAAUCAACGCCUCAAUACGGUCAUCAUAAUGUCCAUCUUCCCUGUAUUUAUUCUGGUCUGUCUACCAUCUCUGCUCGUACCGACUGCUGCUGCAUUCUGCCUCGCACUAGCUGACCUGUACUACUCAUUCACCAUGUUCAAGUUCAUCGUACUUCAGGUUGGCUACUACGGGGGUCAUCGUAAGAUGAUGGUCAAACUGACCACUCAGGAAGUGACCUUUCGAAUCAAUGUCCCCGUCCUCUGCUGCUUCUUCUGCUUCAAACCUUUUCGUCUCACACGAAGACGUUUCUUUUGGCUCAAGAUCGGUGUCCUGCAGAUUGCUAUUCUGAAACCACUCCUGACGUUCACGCAAGCUAUCAUGGGGUUCGCACAGUUGGUAAGUGUGGGUGAUCUGAUACACCGUGCCCUCACUAUAGUAACGACCUUAGUCGCCGUGACGUCACUGAACAUGAUGACGGAAAACUCCGCCAGCAAAGAAAUCAAGGAGAAGUACUGCUUAGAGGCCAAGUCUCAGAUUAUGAGCGUGGCUUUGAUCAUUCUAAGCCUACAGAAGUCCAUCAUUGGUAUAGCGGUUCUCUUCAGGCCGCUCGGCUGCCUGGUGCCAAUCCCUACCUAUCUACUGGGAAACCAGUGGCAGUCGUUGAUUCUCCUGCUGGAGUCGACCUUCAUGAUGAUCCCAGUGCUGAGGUUCUUCCGGACAGCCGAUGGCAACGUGGUGGGCGUUCCCCCGCCCCUUGAACAUCCCGAGGAGGAGGAGGAACCGCACUCGCAAAUAGGCAAGAUGAGGCAAUGGGUACGCCGACACACCCUCAUGUGAUCACACUGGCUGAUAUGACUUGCUCCGUCAAAACGCAUUGUCCCUCUUUGUAGGUAUAUUAAGGUGUAUAAACAAAUCAUAAUAACAACAGCAAUAUGAAUGAAGUCUGUUUCGUUUAAAGGCAAGUAGCUUUAGUAGCAUUGGUAACUUCCUAGUAAAAUAUACCGAAUUAAAAUGAGCAAAACCUUGCUCAAACUGAAGAUAGGGCUGGUCCCGAGUACAAAGAAAUAAAACAUUGAAGGUGGCCUCAAAAAGUGUGCCCGCGGGCACAUUUUUUUCUACGGAUAUCGGUUUUGUUUUUGUUCAAACGGAUUCAAGUUGUACAUUUGCCACUUAGCUAAAAACUUUCACAAGUUAGGCCUAAUUGUUUUGCACCCUACUUAAAAUUUUGAGCAACUUUGUUGCUUCAAACGAAAAAAAAAGCAGCAUAAACAGCAACAUGAUCAUAUUAAGUAGGCCUACUUUCGAAUAGACUGAUUGCUCACUUACAAAAAGUAGGUUUGUCUAUUUGUCAAUUUAGGUGGUUUUGGGGGGUUUAAAUACAACUGCGAAAAAGCCUUUUUGGGUAAGGUGGGCAAAAUAGAGGGCGCUAUUUUGAGCGGGUACACUUGUGAGCCAUUUCGGGCGCGAACUACAGUUAACCGUAUAGUUCGCCUACAACUUCGCUCGAACAAAACCGGAGCA